UGUUCCAAAAAUUAACCAUGGAAGUCGUGUUGGUGGUGGCAGCGACCUAGCUAGUAAAACCUGAGCAGCAACGAAGCAUCAUUGUCUCAAAGAAAGACAAACACAGCGAAGAGAGAUUGGAAAGACACCAUGAUACCCUGCCGGCAACGCCUUGUUCUAAUAUUGGCUACCUUAUUCGCCAUCCCAUUGUUAUCAGAAGCACAAGUGUUUGUCAGACUGUGCGUGAUCCCUCAGUUCGUCCCUGCCAAAGCGGUGAUACGGCAGUCGAAUGAGAGCCAUGACGAGUAUUCCUGGGCUUUGGAUAAUACCGCUGCUCGAUCCAACUUGACAGCAGCAACAACAACCUACCACAAUGGCGGUCUCCGUCGACAACUGGCAUCCUCGGAGAAUCCGGUACCAUCCAUCUUUCUUCCCUCCGACCAUAAUCGACAUCUUGCGGAAAUACCCAACAGCAUUAGCAGCGAAGUCUACAUGGUGCGCGAAUGCCCCUGUGCCCUGGAUCACUACUGCCCGAUUGAGUUGGAUACCUGUGGAGUUCCGGCUAGCUACCGCGAGCCAAUCGGAUGCUUCGAAUCAUCCACCAAGAAAACCUUGCUCCGCAACGCCUGGCCACUGCUGAUGCUGUGGUAUUCGACCGUCAUGUUUUUUCUCUUGUGCACGGAAAAAGGCAGAAAUGCCCGACACUUUAUAUUAGUGAGGUGCUGCAAAUCCCACAUUAACGAACGCCUCGUGGAUCGAUUCCUCUACCUUCAUGGAUUUUCCCGUCGCAAUCCCGACGCCGAUCAGCCCGAACGACAUUCGCAACAUCCACUCGAUUGGCUUCCCAUUGCCCGACCGGUCGAACCGAGAGAACCCACCGAACUCGUCUUGAAAACCACCAUCUACGACCAAGCUAGUAGUAGUGACGACGAGGCGUGUUGCACCAUUUGCAUUGCUCCCUUGGAGACGGGAGAUCGCGUCGGCAAAUUGUCGUGCACCCACACAUUUCAUGUCGAUUGUUUACGGGAAUGGCUGCCGCGACGAAAUGUCUGUCCGCUGUGUCAGUCGUCCGAUGCGGCCACACCUCGGUAUGCCGAAAGUGAUGAUAGUGGUGAUGCCGAAGAAGACGACAACGACAAUCAUGAGAAUGAAAUCAAUGAAAAUAAUCCACCGGAAGAUCCAUUGGCAUUGGCGGUCCCCGUAUUUGUUCCUUUGGAAGUGGCACAGGUCGACGAAGUGGAGGAAAAUCCUCGUCCGCGGGAAAGAGGAAUCACAAGUGGAUCGUUUGCACAGAGACUCUUUGCCGUGUCCAGGAUCUAAAGAGAAAACCUCUUAUGAUACUCCCUGUACAGGGCUCGACCCGUAGCGCACAGAACUCCAUUCACGCUAUCUGUGGUGUGGCCCAGUGCUUCACUGCCAAUUGGGGCUGGUGGCUCAAUCCAAGAAUGAGGAUAUUAUCUCAUGGCAACUUGACAAUUUUUCUAUCAAAACAAACAAACAAACAAACAAACAAAAUGGGUCCAAUCUGUCCUUAUGGAGACGUCCUGUGACCAGGUGGGGUAAAACGAACAAAAAGAAUCGUUCGUUGUGACGUUGAUAUAAGAGGAACGAGUGAGGGUUGCGUGCCA